GAUAUAUGAUAAGGUUAUCAAUUGUUUUAAAUGGGUCUCACCAUAUGAUUUUCAUCUAACUCUGACAGAGUGUCCAACCACAGGAAAAUGGGAGAGGAGAUUCCUAAGACGAUCUGGGAUGUCCCGACACCCGCCUUUCUGGUUGACCUCGACAUUGUGAAGAAAAACUGUGACAACAUGAUCGAAAAGUGUAAGAAGAUGGGAGUUACGUUGAGGCCUCACAUGAAAACACAUAAAACGCUUGAAGGUGCUUUGCUGAUGACGGGGGGAACCAAGCGAUGCAUUGUCGUAUCAACACUCCAGGAAGCAGAGUUUUAUGCAGAGAAUGGAUUUGAAGACAUCUUGCUUGGAGUCAUCUUCAUUGAAAAUAAACUAAAAAGAUGCCAAGCAUUAGCCAACAAAUUGGAAGAAUUCCAUCUGAUGAUCGACAGUCCCCAGAAUUUAGAAUGCCUGGAGAGGAAUCCCUUAGAAGGUGGAAAAAAUUGGUCAGUCUUUCUGAAGAUUGAUUGUGGUUAUAAGCGUUGUGGCAUGCCAUGGGAUAGCCCAGAAACCAUCAAAUUUGCCGAACAAAUAUCACAAUCGCCUGCAGUCAAAUUGAAAGGAUUGUAUACACAUUGUGGGGCCACCUAUGAUUCUGCGUCUGCAGAGGAGAUUAAAGAGAAGAGUAACAUGUUUGCCGAGAGGAUGGCAUCUGUGUCCAAUGCGUUGAAGGCUAAAGGCAUCGAGUUCUCUGCAUUUGGUAUUGGAUCCACGCCCACUGCCUCACAGACUGGGGACAAGGUUGCAAGUCUUAUCAAUGAGAUGCAUCCUGGGAAUUAUAUUUUCAAAGAUAUGGAGCAAGUUUUGAUUGGAGGGUCAACCAUUGAUGAGAUCGCCUGUCGUCUGGCCACCCGUGUGAUUGGUCACUAUCCCCAUGACCAGAGGAUGUGUACUGACUGUGGCUUCACCGCUCUGACUCGCCAGGGCGAGAACUCCAUGCCAGGAGGUUUUGUGCACAUUCAGGGAGAGCCCAACUUAAAGUUCACCGACAUGAGCCAAGAAGUUGGUUACGUACAUCCAAUAGAGGGCUCUAUCGACUAUGAGAAAUACCCAAUCAACAGCUUGCUGUUCUUUCAUCCUUACCAUUCAUGUGCCACUGCCUGUUGUCAUCGUGUCUAUUACGUUCACUCGGGUGAGAAGAUUGUCGACAUCUGGAAGCCAGUGGCGGGAUGGUAGAUUGAAGGGAAUGAUAACUGAGGACCAUUUUAACACCUGCUGACCACCUGAUAUAGCAUUGCGCCAGCUUACAUAUCAGACAGUUGGUCAGGAAUUAGCUUUGAUUGUUAAUUGACACUAGUCUACAUGGAUGUUGGCAAUUGAUGUAUAGUACCCCCAGGUAUAUGGCACGGCUUAACCCGCCGGCCAUAAGGGAAUUCCUUUAUGGCCCAGUGGUUGGCGCGUUGGCCCCAGAGUGGAAGUUAAGCAACGUUGAGCGCGGUCAACCUUUGGAUCGGUGACCGGCGCGUACAAUACAUCUGGCAGACCUUCCCACGCGAUGCGAGCUCUGGAUUUGUAUUUCGGUACUGAGACGCAUGAAGCACUAAGUAGGAUCGCGGACGAUCCAUCUCUGUCCGAAGGGGGGAAUGAUGUAUAGUACCCCCAGGUAUAUGGCACGGCUUAACCCGCCGGCCAUAAGGGAAUUCCUUUAUGGCCCAGUGGUUGGCGCGUUGGCCCCAGAGUGGAAGUUAAGCAACGUUGAGCGCGGUCAACCUUUGGAUCGGUGGCCGGCGCGUACAAUACAGCAAUCGGCCUACUUUUUCAAACUACAUGUAGUCUGUGAUACCUGAUGGGAACAAAUAUGCGGCUAAAUUUACUUCGAAAUAAAAUUG